AUGGGAAGAGUCGCUCCCACUCCAUUCGAAUUCCAAGUCUUAGAAGCCCUCUUAGACGAGGUGGGGGUGACCUUGAAGCUCAAGUACGCGUCCAUAUUCCCGGGCGUGUACCAGGGACUGAGGGCGUUUGCCGGGGGGCGGGUGCCUUACGAGAGGGCCAUGGCGGAGCAGGAGGCGUUUCUGCGGGCGAAGAAUGAGCUGUUGCGGCUGGAGAUGAGCGCGAACCAGAUCUGCAAUGCCGUUCGGGAAGUGCUUUCGAAUGAUGAGGACAUGGCAGAGAUGUACCUCUCCCGCAAGGCAUCGCUCCCCCCUGGGACUGUAAACAGUGCAGAACAUAGUGAAGUGGAGGAGCUGCUGGAGGAUCACCUGAGGCGCAUGGAGGAGGUGGUGGGGGAGGCGGAGCAGCUGCUGUCCAUGUCUGAUGCCACAUCGGAGUACCUCAGAACUGCACUGGAUAGUGCGCGCAACCAGCUGAUCGAGCUUGACGUGCUGGUCAACAUGGCCACAUGCUCACUGGCUCUGAUCGAGCUUGACGUACUUGUCAACAUGGCGACAUGCUCACUCGCUGUGGGGGGUUCUAUCGCUGCUGUUUUUGGCAUGAAUCUGGUAUCAUCAUUUGAAGAUACCGCUUUAGCAUUUCCCAUCGCAGCAGGUAGUGUUGUGUCGUUGUCUUCAGUCGUCUUUCUGGCGUUACGUACGCAGCGGCGUCGGGAGAGAGGGAGAGGUGUGGUCGCAGCGAGUCCUCCUACGGAACUUCCGUCGGAAGAAGUGGAGGUGCGGACUGAACCGUUGACCAAGGAAGACCUGGUCAACUACCUGCUGUCUGGCUGCAAGCCCAAGGACAAGUGGAGGAUCGGCACGGAGCACGAGAAGUUUGGGUUCGAUCAGAGGACGCUGCAGCCAAUGACGUACGAGCAGAUCGCGACGCUGCUGGAGCACAUCGCGGAUCGGUUUUUAUGGGACAAGAUCAUGGAAGGCGACAGGAUCAUCGGCCUGCGAUCGAACGGGCAGAGCGUGACGCUGGAGCCUGGAGGUCAGAUCGAGUUGAGUGGCGCGCCUGUGGAGACAGUGCACCAGACGUGCACUGAGAUCAAUGAUCAUCUGUACCAGGUAAAGUCGAUCUGUGAGGAGGAGAACAUGGGGUUCUUGGGUCUGGGCUUCGAACCCAAGCACACUCUUGAGGAGAUUCCCAUCAUGCCCAAGGGUCGCUACACCAUAUUGCGCAACUACAUGCCCAGGGUGGGCUCGCUGGGACUGGAGGUGAUGUUUUGCACGUGCUCCGUGCAGGUCAACCUCGACUUUGACUCCGAGCAGGAUAUGGUCGACAAGUUCAGAGUCGGCCUCGCGCUACAGCCGGUGGCCACGGCCUUAUUCGCCAACUCGCCAUUCCUGGAGGGCAAGCCGAGUGGGUACCUCAGCUACCGCAGUCGAGUGUGGGAGGAAGCUGACAAGGACCGCACAGGGGACCUCCCGUUUGUCUUUGAGGACGGAUUUGGCUUCGAGCGCUAUGUGGAGUAUGCAUUGGAUGUGCCCAUGUACUAUGCAUACCGCGACCAGCGCUACAUUGAUGCCUCAGGGCUCUCCUUCCGAGACUUCUUGAAUGGCAACCUGCCAGUGCUUCCAGGUGCCUACCCCAGUCUUAACGACUGGGAAAACCACCUCGCCACCAUAUUACCAGAGGUGCGGCUAAAGCGUUAUUUGGAGAUGAGGGGCGCGGAUGGCGGGUCGUGGAGGAGAAUAUGUGCCCUGCCCGCCUUCUGGGUGGGGUUGCUGUACGACCGUCAGGCCCUGGACGAGUGUAAGGCAAUCAUCUCUGAUUGGACGGAGCUAGAGCGCUGUGCUCUGCGCACACAUGUUCCCCGUUUGGCUCUCAAGACGCCCUUCAGGGAGGGACUGUUGCAGCACCUGGCACAGGAUUUGGUCAGAAUCAGCAAGGAAGGAUUGCAAAGACGAGGAUACAGGGAAGCCAGCUUCCUCAAAGAACUGGAAAACAUUGCUGCUACAGGUGUGACCCCUGCAGAGCGCAUGCUGGAGGCGUACCAUGGCAGUUCCCCGUACAAUCUAAAGAUGCCUCUUUCCACGUCUCACGCAGUUUCGUCGUCCAGGCUUCACAGCUUGCCGUCCCUCCAGCCAUUUUGCGCAUCUGCUAAGUCCUCUCCCGCCUGCUUCCAAAAAAACUCCGUCACCCCGCCAUCACGCAUCGGAUGCAUUCAGAAGCCUUCAUCAGCACCGGGUAGAUGCAAUCCUGCGAGCAGCAGCGUUAGCAGGCAGCGGCGACGGGUGGGAGGAAGAGGCGUGGUCGCAGCGAGUCCUCCUACGGAGGAGGUGGAGGUGCGGACUGAACCGUUGACCAAGGAAGACCUGGUCAACUAUCUGCGAUCCGGCUGCAAGCCCAAGGACAAGUGGAGGAUCGGCACGGAGCACGAGAAGUUCGGAUUCGAUCAGAAGACGCUUCAGCCAAUGACGUACGAGCAGAUCGCGACGCUGCUGGAGCACAUCGCGGAUCGGUUCUCGUGGGACAAGAUCAUGGAGGGCGACAGGAUCAUCGGCCUGCGAUCGAACGGGCAGAGCGUGACGUUGGAGCCCGGAGGUCAGUUCGAGCUGAGUGGCGCACCCCUGGAGACAGUGCACCAGACGUGCGCUGAGGUCAACGGUCACCUGUACCAGGUGAAGUCGAUCUGCGAGGAGGAGCACGUGGGGUUUCUGGGCCUGGGAUUCGACCCAAAGCACACUCUUGAGGAGAUUCCCAUCAUGCCCAAGGGCCGCUACACAAUAAUGCGCAACUACAUGCCCAAGGUGGGCUCGCUGGGGCUGGAGAUGAUGUUCCGCACGUGCACGGUGCAGGUCAACCUCGACUUUGACUCCGAGCAGGACAUGGUUGACAAGUUCCGUGUUGGCCUCGCAUUACAGCCCGUGGCCACAGCCUUAUUCGCCAACUCGCCAUUUCUGGAGGGCAAGCCGAAUGGGUACCUCAGCUACCGCAGUCGAGUGUGGGAGGACACUGACAAGGACCGCACAGGGGACCUGCCGUUUGUCUUCGAGGACGGCUUUGGCUUUGAGCGCUAUGUGGAGUAUGCAUUGGAUGUGCCCAUGUACUUUGCAUACCGUGACCAGCGCUACAUCGACGCCACAGGGCUCUCCUUCCGGGACUUUCUAAACGGCAAGCUCCCAGUGCUGCCAGGUGCAUACCCCAGUCUAAACGACUGGGAGAACCACCUCACCACCAUCUUCCCUGAGGUGCGCCUGAAGAGGUAUUUGGAGAUGAGGGGCGCGGAUGGCGGGUCAUGGAGGAGAAUAUGCGCCCUGCCCGCCUUCUGGGUGGGUCUGCUGUACGACCGACAGGCCCUGGACGAGUGUAAGGCAAUCAUUGCUGACUGGACGGAGCUUGAGCGCUCUGCUCUGCGCACACAUGUGCCUCGCUUGGCUCUCAAGACACCCUUCAGGGAGGGGCUGCUGCAGCAUCUGGCUCAGGACUUGGUCAGAAUCAGCAAGGAGGGCUUGCAAAGACGAGGGUAUAGGGAAGCCAACUUUCUUAAGGAGCUGGAGAACAUCGCUGCUACAGGUGUGACCCCUGCGGAGCGCAUGUUGGAGGCGUACCAUGGCAGCGAGUCCGCAAUGUCGUGGAUUCGGUCGAAUCUGGCCAAGGUGGGGACGUUUGCGGGGUCCGUGGUGCAGAAGGCCGGAGAUGCCGUGGAGCGAGGCGCCAAGAUGGUGUACGAGCAGGCGGAGAGCGCUGUGGUGGGUCGCCCACACAACAGCUUCCGACACGCGGUGCGGCGGAUAGAGGAGGUGGCGUCGUAUGCACGCGGCAGCGAGCGCAAGGAGGCUCUGGCGCGCUGGCUGGCCGCACUCUCAGACAUCCAGCAGGAGAACGACCGCCUGCAGGCACACUUCCAGAGGCGCAGGAAGAAGCAGGAGAAGGGGGAGAAAGGGGAGAAGGGGGAGCGGAAGUCGCAGGAAGCGAACCAGCAGGAGGAGGGCCCUGCUGCUAGUGCUGAUGCUGCUGUUGGGGUUGCCGGUGCUGCUGCUGUGGACUCAGAACGAACCGAAGCAGUAGGAGCGGAGGGAGCUGUUGCUGAGAGUGCUGUUAAGGAAAGGAAGGACAGUGACAGUGUUGCAGCCGGUAACCUGAUGAACGAGAGUGGAGAAGAAGAGGGUGUGAAGGCAGGACAAUCACAGGAGAAGGCACAGAAAGAUGACGCAGAGUCAGGCACAGCAGAACCAGAAGCGGCUUUAAAGGACAGGGUUGUUGCUGGAGAUGCUGUAGAAGCAGAAGCAGAAGCACAAGCAGGCGCUGAAUCUGGAAAAGCAAGUGCAGUGGGAGAAGAGGAGGAGGUGGCGUCGGUAGGGGAUGGAUCGUCGCAAGAUGAGCCGGCGCCGUCGCUGAAAAAGUCAGCAUCAACUGGACGGGCUUCCAUGGUGCUUUUCUAUGAUCCUGAUGCAGGCAACGAUGCCUUGAACUUCAGAGACGUGUUUCUGCGCUCCAGCGCUCUCGAGCUCAUAGUGGCAUCUGUGGUGGUGGCGCCGGGGGAUGAGGACGAGAUGGCGCUGCUGAGAGGGCUGUUCGGCCUCUGUCUGAACCUCUCCUCAACCCAGUGCGAUGAUCUGCUAGCAGCCCUGCAGUCACUUGGCUCCUCCCUCUCUGCUUACUCCGAACUCAAGCUGCCGAGUGAUGAUUUGGCCACGAUGGUUGCAGAAGCAAUCACAGGGCUGAAGGUCAACCCCGAGAUUGAAAGGGUUGACCUGGAAUCGUGUCGACUGCAACAGCUGAUUGCUGAGGCUGCCUCGGUUGCUGCCUCUGUGCCUGCAGCAUACCAGCGCUCCGCCUCCUUCUCUGCUGCUCUUGACAUUGACGACCUUGCUGCUGAUGCCACUGCUGGUGCUGCUGAUGCCGAUGCUGCUGCUUCUGCUGAUGCGGGUGCUGCUUCUGAUGUUGCUGAUGGUGCUGCUGCCGGUGCUGUUGUGUCUGAUGCUGCUGAUGCAGCUGCUACCAGUGGUGCUGCUGCUACUGGCAGUGGUGAUGGUGAUGGUGGUGGUGCUGCUGAUGGUGGUGACACAGAUAGUGGUAGUCAGGCCUCAACUGAUGCUUCUGCGUCUGGUAGUAUUGCCUCCUCUUCCGAACCUGUCGCACCUGCCGAAGCUGAUGGAACUGCGACAACCGCCGAAGGUACCGACGCUCAAGAAGAAGCAGCAGCAAAUGCAACAGCCAGCCCAAAACGAAAUACAAUAGCCAGCCCAACACAACACACACGGGACGCCGUGACGCACGUGAACGAGGUGGUAACCGCACGGUCGCGCGACGCCCUCCGCCUAGGACUCCGACUGCUAGCCUUAGAAAAGAAAAAGGAGGCCCUGUUACAGCUGGGGGACACGCCGGGGGACAGGGCGCUGAAGGUGGAGCGGGUGAGCUGUCUGGCGGCUGAAUUGAGUGAGGGCAUGGAGGGCCUCAGGAGGAAGGCUGAGGAGUGCCGCCAGCAGCGCCAGGAGGCCCUGGCGUACCGCAGCAGCAAGGCGCAGGAGGCCCGGGAGGCAGAAAAGGUUCUCCUGGCGGAGGCACAGCAGGUGCAGAAGCGCAAGGAGGAGCUGGAGGAGGAGCUGAGGCGGGUGCAGGCAGCUCUGGACGGCGUGAAUCGGCGGCUAGUGAAGCUGGAGGAGGAGAAGGAGCUCUUCUCACAGGCCAGCAGCGGAAUAGAAGCGCACCUGUCUUUGGAGGAGGAAUCCCUCACGCACUCCCUAUCGGAGCAUGAAAAGGACGCCAAGGCACUAGCAGGGUGGAAGGAGUUUCUGCAGCAGUCGUGGCAGCUGCAGCAGGCGAGCAUGGAAGGCAAGGAGCGGCAGAUGAGGGAGGAGAUGAGUGAGCGCAAGAGCCGGUUCUGGGAGAUGGCUCAGGGGCACGUGCGGCUGUGCAAGUCGGAGCUGGAAGCCUUUGGGCAGUCGGCCAAGUCGAUAGUGGAGAGACUCGAUGGUAUCAGAGCCAAGAGGGAACAAGCAGAGAAGGAGGGGAAGGACGGGGCAGUGUCAGACAGCAAGCACAGAAGGCUGCAAUGGGAGGAACGAUACAUGGCAGCUGAGAUACAGGUGAAACGGUGCAUUGGGGAGGCAGAAAUAGCCAUGCGGGAGAUCAGGGCCUGGCUGGACACUCUCCCCCCCAGUGAGGAUGCUCCCAAGCAAGCUCAAAUGCGCUCUCUUCUCGCCGAACUCGAGUCCCUCGUAGCUUCGGUCCGAGCCUCCGACCGCCCGAGCCUGUCUCUGGACCACCCGACCGUGCUCCGCGUGCAGAGGCUCGGCAAGUCUCCUGACUCGUGGGCUUCUGCCGAAGCUGCUGCUGGAGGCAGAGGUUCGGCAUUUCCAGCAGCGGCAGGGGCAGGUGGGGCGGCGCCAUCAGGAACAGAGGAGAAUGUCCCCCCUACGCCUUUUGUCAUUUCGGGCGGGGUCCGUCGUCCUGUAGCUCCUGGUUUCAAGGAUAAGCAAGGCAAGUCAAAGCUGCCGCCUGCUGGUGAGAGCGGUUCAGCGCAGAGCAAGCACGGGAAGGAGAGCGGCGAAGGGAAGGAGAGCACGGGCGAAGAUAAGGGGGAGGAAGGAGGGUCCGAUGCUGCAGCUGAAGCAGGUUCUGCAGGGGGACAAUAA